CACCAUGGGCGCCUACCUCUCCUGCGCACUCUCACCGGAAACUGCCUCCCGGAAUUCCGCCGUGAAAGUCAUCCUGGGCACCGGCGGCGAUGUCAGGCACAUCGACGGCCCCGUCAACGCGGCCGAGUUGAUGCUCGACAAGCCCGACCAUUUCGUGGUCGGCUUGCAGUCUCUGCAGAUCGGCAAGCGGUUUCUGCCAUUGUCCGCCGACGACGAGCUCGAGAUGGGCGGCGUCUAUGUCCUGUUCCCGAUGUCGCGGGUGAAUUCCGUCGUUCGGCCGGCCGACAUGGGGGGCUUGUUCGUGACGGCUACCAGUGAGAUGAGGAAGAAGCAUGGUACGUCUGGAGGUGCGAAGAUCUUGCCGGAGGUUGGUGGUGGUCCGAGUUGUGGAGGUGAUGGUUCAGGGGAGUUCACGAUGCCUAGACUUAGAUUGGAGGAUGCAGAUCACGUGGCCAUGGAUCAGUUUAAUCGAAGAUUGAGCGUGUGCAGGUCUAGGAGGCCAUUGUUAGAGACAAUCAGUGAAGAGUCCUUGUGUUAAAAAUGGCUAGUCAUGAUCCUCGAUAUUAAUUUUGUUUUUGGGUGUCUGUUGAUUGCCUAUAUACAUAGACGCACAGACAUCUUUUAUAAUCAA